GUUUCUCUAUCUUUCCCGACGACCCGCGACUCUAAAAGUUAAUAAUCGCGUGUCGUAGGGGGACGCAGCGCCGAGGACCUUCGCUGGCUCUGAAUACUCGUAUAUUAUAUCGUACAUGGGCGCAGUAUGUACCCUGCAUCGCGAGGACGGAUAAGGGUGAGAUAUCGGGAUGAAUCGGGAUUAGACAAGGAAUGGUUGAAUUUAUUGUCAAGUUUCGUUCGAAGUAAGCGGGUCUUUUAAUUGGCGAUUUUCGAACGCGUUUGAAUUUUGAAUUGCCGCUGCGGAGGUGCGUCACUUGAAAGUGGACGUGGUAUAUUUUAGUGAGCUUUGUGCGUGUUUUGUUCACAAGAAUCUUUAGAGGUAAAGGAAUUUAGGACGUUUUAUAUUAGAAAUUCUUGAGAAAGAAUGCUACGCCUUUUUUCAUUUUAUUUUUAAACCACAUUUAUCGUAGUGAGCUGAUCACGUCGAGCUUGAGUUAUAUAUUUAAUUAUGUGUAGAAUUCACUUUUAAACAAAGACCGUUAAUUCGAUUUCGACGUCUUCCCACGAUUGCAAGAAAGAAAGACGUGUCUUUUACAUUGACUUUUUCGUUUCUAUGUUCUCGUCCACGAAAAGGGCCAGAAAAGCCCUUGCUUAUUUUCCUUCGGUCGGGCAUAUUAACGGAACGAGAAAACAAAGGAAAGUAAAUUAGCUCAGUACACGCAACGUGCCGACACUUACACGUUGAUAAAGCUCUAAAGCUCGGGGUAAAACUCUAAUUGGGGAAUCCCAUCGCAAAAAGUGCUCCCUAGAGAAUUGGAUGUUGUGUGGAUUAUAAAGUUAGAAUAAAUGACAUACUGCUUCGAUCCAACUUCAUUAAUAUAUUAUAUACGUACCAAAUAGAAUGGAAGCGAGUAAAGAAAUUAGAAAAUAAAGCGGUAUCGAAAUGAGGGACAAACGUGAGAGGUGCAAAAAACAUUUUUGCUAGAUGCAUUAGAGCUUGUGAUUCUUUUCAAUAUAGACGUUUUUAACGUGCUUCGAUUUAUUCCCACGUUUUAUAAAUAGUAUAUUUAUAAUAUACGUACACCCUAAAUAUUACAAUGUACAUUUGGGUGUCAUACUUGAAGGGUAAUUCGUUAUUUAUUUAUAAUUGACUUAAAAUGACCGAAUUUUUACAGUUUCUUCGGUAACCGAAUUCAUAUCUUACCAUGUAAUUUCUCCCAUGGUGUUAUUGUUGUUGUUGUUGUUUCAUCUUUUGCCUUGGGUACAGUUCCCUUAAGCCACAGUUUUGCUAUGUUAGAUACUUUGUUUAAACAAAUGUUAGCUUGUUUAAUGCAGUUUAUUUACAAUACUUUCACAUUUUUGACACCGUGUUGGAAUCAAUGGCCUCCCUCAUUUGUUUUCCCCCAUGUAUAACGGACAAUGUUUGCAACGCAAUCGCGCAUCGGUUUCGACACUAAUCUCGAUAAGAGCGUUAGUCGAAAGAACUCGACCGAUUAAUUAACAACAGCUUCUCAAUCCGCUGUUAGCUCUAACCAGCCCUUAGUUUUCUAUAGGAUUAACUUAAUGAAAAAACGUCUAAUGUCAAUCGAGUCGUUUCCGGUAUCAUUUUAUGUUUUAAUUUGUUAAUUAGUGUCCGUAUAAUGAAUUGAUUUCGCUCGUUAUAAUGUAAAAAAGCAACGGUACAUCGAUGAUGUACAAUUAUAUAGUAAGGUAUAGAAAAAAAAUGACAUCCAAACUGAAUAGAUGUUCCAGAGUCUUUACACGAUAUGAAAAACAGAGCUUCAUAUGCAACGUCAUUGAAGUGAAAUAAUACCUGACAAAGGCCCAUCUAAAUUAAGGCGUACAUACAUGUGAAAUGAUGGGCACAGGAAGCAAUAGGGGGUAAGUAGUCAAAGGGAGGGUCCCACCUGUACGACUACUCGACGAUGCACCCUAUUGCUGCCGUCGCGUCGGGACGCCAGAUGCGGCAGUCGCGCGCAGCGUUGAGACGCCGAAGGAUCGCUAGGCAAAAGUAUAGGUAUUUCCAACGUACGCGUCGUUUUCUUUGAAUUUCUUAAAAAGCAUAAAGGUGUACGGUACCGCAUUAGAUAUUAAAAAUAUACCAAUUCGGAAAGCUCCUCGUAGGCCGUUAUAAAUGAACACGUUCUCUCGCAUACACGAUACAAAUGCAAAAUAUUCAAUGGUUUGAAAUUCCGAGAGGCCUGGGAGAUUGGGAUCGAGUCCCGACAGUGCAGUCCGGUUACUCACAGUAAAUUAAACUAAGAAUAAAUCAUUUAGAGAAUAUCAGUAUUUCACGGGAAAUCGAAUAACAAUACUCUGUAUUGCUAUUUCCUUCGUGUAUUCGGGGGUAACAUAAGAAAUAUUUAAUGUAAGAUAAAGUAUUAUUAUAUAUCCAGUAUUAUCCGCGAUCGUUAAAGGUACGCAUGCAGUUCGUGUGUUUCCCAGGGCCUCGGGUAAAAGUUUGCUCGAGACCUUGAACCGUGGUUCUAUUAUAAGAUUAAGCCAUUUUAUAAAGCAGUCAGCUCAGGGGCGAUACGUCAACUGUUCGAUAUAUGCCAAAAGUUACUUCUCCCGCAGCGGAGCUCGAUGGUUCCCGUACACCGCAAGCAAUAUCGUGGUAACAGAACCAAAUACGCGUUGCUCGAGGAACCACGGUACUCUACGGUAUGACGCCCUUUCGCGACGGUCAAGAUUAUUACAAAAAAAUGCUCGAGCUGCAAGAGAGACUUCGGAAGAGCGAAGAAGAAAAAAUAAGGUUGGAGCAGCGAUUCAAUCUGUUGGUUCAAGAUUCGCGAAACAGACACGAAGCAUGUGUAAACAGACUCCGAGUAAAGUAUAUCGAAUUCUUGGAGGAGCAAAGGGCCAGAGAUGAGAGGAACCACAAGCUCCUUGGAGCGCUGGACAGGGUGGACGGCAAUUUGGCUCUGAUGACUGCUAAAACGGAUAGGCUUGGCGUGCUUAGAAAACAGUACGAGGCCUACUUGUUGAGAGUGUAUGGUAACCAAUGUCCCCCUGGAGGUGGCACAGGAGACAGCGGAAUAGUCAGCCAGAACGAUGAGAAAUCUUCGAGACUGAUAACGACACCGUCCCCUAAUUCGGCACCGUUACGUAGAAGAAGCGAACCUCAAUGGUACUCGCCCAGAGAAAAUUAUUCUCAUCCCAAGCAAAAUGAUGUGUCCUCGUCUUACCAUAAUUUACCAAAAUAUUACAAUCAAUCCGUUCAACACCGGGCGGAGACCCCACAGAUAACAGUCGAAGAGAAUGUGAUAAAUGGACGCGGUGAUUUUCAUUCUCGUCAGCAAAUUCCUAGCAUCUACGGUUCUCUAAUGACAAUUGGACCAACUGGCUCCCCUGGAACCGCACAAGGUCACGCGAAUGUUGGUAAUGCAAUCAGCGUAUCGACACCUCAGAAUUUGCAGAUUUGUCAUACCGAUAAAGGGGGUCAAUCAUCGGAACCCAACACCCUGGAAUCUCGAGCUCGUGUCCAAAAUGACAUCGCUCGAUUCGCCCAACCUCUGGGAAUUCAUCACGCUGACUUUAACGGGAUGUCCCAGCGAUACCCCCUGCCUUCGCCGGAUUCACCAAUGAAUAAUAAAGACAACUCACUCCGCGCAUUAUCGAAAACAUUGUCACAACAAAAUUUAACAAUUCCUCCGGCAUAUCGUAGUUCUUCUCAGCCUCCUUGUUUGGAUGCACUUUCCAAACCGAAUGAUAGAGUCGGUGCUUCUCUAGGUCCUCGAGUAUCCGUGACAGAAAAUAAUGACUUCGGUACGUUCGGACAAAGUACACCUCUCCCGGGGUACUUAAAUUACUCGGUAAGGUACUCCAGAGACUUCGCGAAUGACGACCAUCGGGGACCUCCUCGUAGCGUCCUCGCGAAGUCCGAUCUGGACGAACUAAUAAAAAGAAACGAACAUUUACUUCCGAAGGAUCAUUUGAUGCAGGGAUCACGAUCGAAUACCAGAAACGAACAAGAGGCUAAUUUGUCGAGAAAUAUGGGGCGACCCUCGUACGCGUUAGAUGGCGAACUGGACAGGUAUAUCGAUAACAUUAAGAGGCUACAUCGCGAUCUUGCCGUCCAAAGCCCCGACGAUCUCGAUCACGAGCAGAACACGAGUGGUGAUCUUCUAAACGUGACAUUGUCAGACGAUGGCGUCGAGUUCUCUGCCGAAGAGAAGUUGGAGAUCGGGUGCAUUCCCCAGGAAGUCGAGGAGGUGCUGGCAUUAGCUGACGAGCUGGCGAUGAGAACUGCCAAGAGGGAUCAUUCUGUGUUUCUUGACGGUGCCGUCGGCGUCGCGCAUCCGACGAUGGGAAGUCUCGCCGAAGUGUCGCAAGACGAACCCCAGGAUGUCUCGGGCGCUAGAGUGACUUCGAGCAAUGUGCCAAUUUCGGAAACACGGGACGACGUGCUUUUGAUUCGCGAGGAUGAGAUUAGCGGCGAAAUGUCGCAACCGAGGGAGCAAAUAGAGCAGCCGCAUCGACAUGCUGAGGGACUUGCGAAAUCUGCUGGAAAUAGAACCAAUGUUGAUCAAGGCGACAAAAUGCUGAGUGAAGGAAGAACGAAUGACCAGAAGGUUUUGGAUGUGGAAACCUUGUUGCCGCGGAAUUUGGAUGACGAAGAGGCGAAGAAGAAGGAAAAGGGAAACGAAAUUGUAGGAAAGGACCAAGUGAUUCGAAAGGAUGCUCCAACUUUCGAUGAAACUGUGAGAGUGGAUGAGAAGCUCUCAAAGGAGGAAUCUCCCGAGUAUUUGGGAACGGAAGAUCGGGUAAACGAUGAAAUAAAAAUCCUCCAAGAACAAGCGGAGACCAACGAGUUGCCUUCGAAAGUAAGGAAUUCACUAACUGCCCAAGAGGAGCAAGGGCAGGGAAUAAAUGAGAUUAUUCAGCAAAAACAAGAAUUUGAGCACGCUGUACACAUAGGAGGACUUAAUAGGGUUGAAGAGCACCAAGAUACACUUGUAAGGAGACUCGAAGAUACGAACGAUUCUCAGUCAGAGUUUUCGGAUCAUUUUGACCGUGAUGUUUCAAUUAAACCUGUGAGCAAGUCGCAAGAAUAUAAAGACGUUGAGCGGGAUGAAAUGAAUAGGGAAAAACACGAGGAUGAAGUUGCCGAAGAAAAUAAGAUUGAUACGGAUUAUAAAGUGAAUGGACUGUCUAAUGUGAAUUUCGAUGUAGAAAAUGAUGUUUCAAAGGUGGCACUUGAAGCUCGUAGUCAAGAACACCACGAUGGAAACGGAGAACCUCCCGAACAAGAUUUCAGUCAGCCCGAUGAAUAUCCACACGAAGACACGGCUCGAGAGUAUGACCAACGGGUUAACCGGCAAUGUGAUUACGUCAAAAACGAGCAGGAUGAAGAUAAUGCAAAUUCAGUUCAACGGGACGAACCAUCUACAUCUGAUAAUGAUAAGCACUAUUUGCUUGAUCAAACAGAGCAAUACGAGGACGAUGGGAAUAAAGAACGAGAUAACGAUUUGCCCCAAGAACAUUCUGGCGAUAAUGUGCAUUUCGAUGCAACUCAGGAAUACGAAAAAGAAGCAAAUCAAUCCUACGAUAUUAAUCAGCAAUACGAAUAUCCAGAUGAUCGAUUGGAUCAACAAAAUAAAGAAGACUGUCAAGAAUAUUAUGGUGAGAAUGUAAGCCAGCACUUAUCACAUGGUCAGACUUCGGAAACGGGCGACGAGAAAGUUGAAGUAAUAGAAAGUAUAAACCCUGAAGAGUUUCCAUCGAAUUAUGUUGCGAGUGAUCGGCAAUUAGAUUCUGAAUCUUAUACAGAACUAUUGCAAAAAGAUACAAUUGGUCAAAAGGAGUUUGAAAAGAAGAAGAAAAAAGACGUGAUAAAGUCGCUUUUAGAGUCAGACUCGGAGAGCACAAUCGAGCGAAAUGUUUCAAAUACUGAGAGCGAUUUUGAUUUUAAUUAGUUCCAGUACUAGAAAGAACAUUUCGUUUUAAUCGCCAUCAAAAUACUACCUUUAUAAAGAUCACCAAUGUUAUUCGCUGGAGUAAAAGAUGCGUUCGUUCGAAACACUGCAUGGUUAUGUUAAAGCAGGCUAAAUAGUUAACUUUAAUAUAACAUUUGUAUAACAUAGAUACAUUUUAUUUUUCAUGAGUAAUUACUUCAAGUAUAUCUCUUAGUACAAAAACAUGUUACUUUAGCAAGUACACUUAAACAUUUCUCAGUUGAGCAAUCAAAGUAUGAGGGCAUAUCAGAAAAUCCGUCCAAUAAAUUAUAGUAAUAUUCUUUUCCUUCAAAGAAUAUAUUUCCGUUGAAUAUAGAAUAGUAGAAUUUCCUACACAUAAAAAUAACAUAAAUUUCUGUACAAUCAUUCACAAUAUUAAAAUAGUUUUUGCACCAAAGUUAGUGGGACAAAUUCGACUCAAAUGCAUUCUAAGUUACGUACAAUUAAAGUGGAUUAUUUCCUAAGCGUAUCUAUAGUUAGGAGAUUUUUGUUUAAAAACCAACGCACAAGCAUCAACUAUCUUGUAAUAUCAACAAUAAUUCAUUUCUUUAUUUAUUUAUUUAUUCGAAACAUGAUGUUUUGUGUAAAUACCGCGAUUUUGUGUAGUGUUAUACUAUGCGUUAUUAUGCUACAUAAAUUCUCUAUAAGUGCCUGUACACCCAGAAAUUACAAAUAUAAAAUACGCAAUACCCCUAGUGGUAUAUAAUAUUUUUAAAAUAUUUCUUUUCAACUUUGCUACAUAUCUCAAGAAACAGAUAUUUUUAAGAUGUCUUGUAGACUUCAUUUAAGGAUAUCUAAACUAUUUGUCAAAAAUCUCAACAAUAUAUUUAGUUUCAAUAAUUCAUAAACAUAUAUUAAAAUAUUCAUAAC